UGGAGCCCAGCCCAUGUUUGAGAGACUUGAACCCUAGACUAGUAGUAGAAUAGCGGCGGGUCUGUUCCUCGCCCUUCUCCUCCCUGACGUCUCCCCCUCCAUCCCGACUCGUGCCCCGGACUAGAGGGAUCCAGCACCGCCGGAUCUGGCCUCCUCCCUCAGCCCCCAACUGAUUCCACCUGUCCCGCCAAGCAAAGUUCUCAUCGUCUGAGUCUAACGAUGGCGGGAUUCAGAAGCCUUGCACCAAAGACAAGGAACCUGGUGGUGGCUGGGGGACUGUCUGCUUUCGUCCUCGGGGUCUACUACUACACCAUGAGAGCGGUGGGAGGCACAGAUGAGCUGCAGGUCGCAAUCGACAAGUUUGAAGAUAUGAAGAAGAAGGAUGCCGGAAACUCCUCCAGCGCAGGAUCCUAAAGACAUGCUUUGAUUUUGGCCCCUUAUGUUUUCUGAGCUCAACUUUCAUCACAGGUUUUGCCCAAGACCAUGCUUCUAUUAUGUAAUAAAUAAUGGGUUUGUGUUUUGAUGAAAGCUGUAAUAUUUUGGUUCAAGUAGUGGUUGCAAUAGUGGAAAAUUUCCUGAAAGAUGACAGCAUGGAUCGCAAGGUUCAAGUAGUGGUUGCAUUUUUCAGUCUGCUUGCAGCCAUAUGCUUCUGUAACAUGUUCCUCCAUGAUGUGAAUAAGCAAGCGUAGGUGGGUUUCCCCUGGCC